AUGCGGGGACUCGGGACACCGGAGAAAGUCAGGAGUGCUCGUGGGAGAAACCGUUUGAUUUCCGUCUCAGGUUCUGAGUCUCAGACUGUGGAGGUCCGGUCUGGUGAAGAAGUCACUCUGCUGUGCUCCAACUUCUCGAGCUCUGUUACUCAGAUAUACUGGUUCAGAGUGGUCAAGAGGUCCCUGCCGCACUGUGUCUCCCAUAUGUUCGAGUCUUAUAAGCCUGCUACAUACUGUGAUGGAUUUGAAAAUGGAAAGUUUGAAAUGAGCUCCAACAUCUCUACUGUUUUUCUCAAAAUCAAACAAGUGAAUUCAUCUGACUCUGGACUGUAUUUCUGUGGAUAUUACAUCGGCUAUAAAAAACCUCUUAUUAAAGAUGCCAAAUAUUUAGAGGUUCAAGAAGUGGUUGUGGGAAUAACUAAUAUGCCGAGUGUGAUCCUGGGCGGUCUGACUGUUUUCUUCAUUGUGAUCAGCAUUUGUCUGGCUGUUAAAAAUAAAAAACUGCAGAAAGCUCAUGUUGAAGAGCAGAACGCACAGCAGACACAGCAUCAGGACUCAGAUGAGCUGAACUAUGCAGCUGUGACUUUCCAUUCAAGAACGAAAAGAAACUACCAGCCAGCAUCAGAGAGAGAAGUGGAAACUAAUACUAUUUAUUCAGCCACCAGAUAGAAUCAGGAAGCACCUGGAACUGAUGUGUAAUAAUGUUUCAUUAUUCAGACACUGGUUGGUUCAAAGUUAAAAAGAAAAUCUUGCAAAAUGUACAAUAUUUUAGGUCCAGCUUACGUAGGCUAGCUCAACAGCUUACAUGAGUAAGUUUUUCACAUCAGGUUUCUUAACAAGUAAUACAAGAAUAUGUAUGACAUUUAAGCUUGAGACAGAGUCUGCUUGAAUCUGCUUUUCUAACAUGUGCACUUUCCAUAUAAGGCAAUAUCUAUGUGUGGUGAACCUGUAAGUAGAAUGAGCAGAGUAGAAACUUUAUUCACUGUCUUUAUAGUCAAAUUUGUCCCAUAAUCAGCAAGUUAUCAAGAUUACAUCAUGAGCAAACACAAUUUUCGGAUUGAUGUUGUGAUAUGGUAAGCAAUGUAUUUUUCUAAACAUUAUGUGCAGUGGUAACUUUUACUUUUAACUGUAUAUUUCUGGCAUGAAUGUUAAUUUUUCUGAAUUAUAAUAUCAAUAUUUCUAUACUCUGUGUUCUUGUCAUUUCAAAAUUCUUGGUACACGGUCAUGCUAGUCCUCUGGUUUUCCCUCCUAAUGCUUCGUUGGACUUAAGACUUGAAAAGUUCUCAACAGGAAAUUCAGUUCAGGGGUGUUAAAAGUGAUCAGCUGUCUUCAGACAGUUGACUUGUUGUAUCUAUCGGGCACAGUUUCUUUCAUUAAUCAGUUUAAAGCAAUGCAUUAACCCUUUAUCGGGAGAAGAACCGUAUUUGGUAACUUCAGUGGAUAGCCAAAAUGGGGUCCAUGUCUU